AUAGCACGCGCUGCCGCGUCACGUGACGAGGAUCACAAGAUUCUGCUCGUUAACAAGCUCUACAGCAACGCUGUCUCUAUAGAAACGAAAUGGAUCGUAAAGUAGUGUUGAAUGAGUAAAAUACGACAUCCAGUCCUCCUCACGUCUGGAGUGAGCGCUGUACUCGAGCUGUAUGGAAGUUGACAGCCCUGUAUCCUAAACAUGAAACUUUUUAACUACUUACUGAAAGAUGUCACGCACAAAAUCGAAUAUUAUUCAAGGUUUUCGCCCUCACCGAUGUCAAUCAAGCAAUUCCUGGAUUUUGGCAGGGAAAAUGCAUGUGAAAAAACCUCCUACAUGUUUCUGCGGAAAGAACUGGCAGUAAGGUUGGCCAAUACGAUGAGAGAAGUCAACCUGUUGCCCGCCAAUCUUCAGUGCCAGCCGUCCGUCAAACUGGUGGAGUCCUGGUACAGCCAGAGCUUUGAAGAGCUGUUAGACUAUGAGAAAAGAAGUCCAGAGGAUCCCCACACCCUUAAUGACUUCUUAGAGAUCCUGAUUAAGAUUCGGAACAGGCACAAUGACGUGGUGCCCACCAUGGCCCAGGGUGUCAUCGAAUAUAAAGAGAAGUUUGGUUUCGACCCCUUCAUCAGCAGCAAUGUGCAGUACUUCCUUGACCGCUUCUACACCAAUCGCAUUUCUUUCCGCAUGCUCAUCAACCAGCACACUCUUCUGUUUGGCGAUGCCACUUGUCUUGCACAACCAAAACACAUUGGAAGCAUCGACCCAACUUGCAAUGUGGCUGAGGUGGUGAGAGAUGCAUAUGAGACAGCAAAGAUGCUUUGUGAGCAGUACUACAUGACAGCACCUGAACUGAAGAUCGGGGAAUUCAACUCCAAAACUCCAAAGAAGCCUAUACAGGUGGUCUAUGUGCCCUCUCAUCUUUUCCACAUGCUGUUUGAGCUCUUCAAGAAUUCCAUGCGGGCAACGGUGGAGCUCUAUGAAAACAACAGUGAGGGGCUUCCUCCAGUGAAAGCAAUGGUUACUCUGGGAAAAGAAGACCUCUCCAUAAAGAUUAGUGAUAAAGGUGGGGGUGUCCCCUUACGAAAGAUUGAUCGUCUCUUCAAUUAUAUGUAUUCCACUGCCCCAACACCACGUCUGGACUCCUCUCAAGCUGCUGUCCCACUGGCUGGUUUUGGAUAUGGGCUGCCAAUCUCUAGACUCUAUGCACGCUACUUUCAGGGAGACUUGAACCUGUACUCUGUUGAAGGGUUCGGGACAGAUGCAGUAAUUCAUCUUAAGGCUCUUUCCAGUGAAUCUUUUGAACGUCUUCCAGUCUUCAAUAAGUCAGCAUGGCGACAUUACCAGACAGGUCCUGAGGCUGAUGACUGGAGUAACCCGAGCAGUGACCCACGAGAUGCAUCCACAUAUAAAGCCAACAGAUGACUUUAUUAUACCUGCUGCAGUACUAGUUAUGAGCUGCUUACAGCUGCCAAGCUAAUACUGAACACUGCCAGAUAAGAAAACUUGAGCAGGCCUUUUAAUACUUGCUUACUGCCAUUUUUAACUGUCUGAAAAUAUGUAGUUAAGUCAUGACUUAAGACUGUGCAUUAUUUAUUCAUAUUAUACAUCUAAGUUAAGCAUUUAAAAACUUGCAGUGUAAACUACAGUCUCCGCAUAGAGUUUCACGGCAUCGCAGACACAAAAACGAUUUAAAACUAUUUAUAAAAGUUGAAUUGCUGUCUGGCCAUCUGGGAUUUCAGUAUGGAGAUAAAGGUUAGGAUCAGGAUUUUUUUUUUUUGGUAGUAUUACAACACACUCUGAGUGUAUAUUAGCACAGUUUGUUGUUUUCUUUGGCAUCUGAUAGGACCCGGAAGCGGUGAUGUGUGAUGUCAGACUUAAAGGGAUAGUUCACCCAAAAAUGAAAAUUCUGUCAUCAUUUACUCACCCUCAUGUUGUUCUAAACCUGUAUGAGUUUCUUUCUUCUGUUGAACACAAAAGAAGAUAUUUUGAAGAAUGUUGGCAACCACUUGACGGUAGCCAUUGACUUCCAUAGUAUUUUGGCUACCGUCUACUGUCUGUUUACCACAUUCUUCAAAAUAUCUUCUUUUGUGUUUUAUUCAUACAGGUUUGGAGCAACAUAAGGGUAAGUAAAUGAUGACAGAAUUUUAAUUUUUGGGUGAACUAACUCUUUAAUAAGCAAAUAGUUUUACAUUAGUGAGGGUGUGAAGGAUGUUUGAAAAAUGUUAUGUGGCGAAUACAGCAGCUUGUUAGUAUGAUGUACCAUGUGGUAUUUUUUAGCCAUUUGCUUUAUAUGAUAAAUGAUUUUAAUGCUACAAAUUAUAUAAAUAAAUUAUUAUACAUGCACUACUC